AUGCGGGCGUCUCUCAUUGUCGCCCUUGCAGCUGCCACUGCCUCGGCGUCACCGCUUUCGUUGCCCGAACUCACUAGCAGCGGGGGCUACGGCUACGUGCGCAGUCCGGACCGCUCAGUGUCGCUCACGUCGCCCCGGCCGCACGACUACAUCGACGUGUCUAAGCUGCCCAAGAACUUCGACUGGCGCAAUGUCAACGGCACGCGCUACGUGAGCAUCUCACGCAACCAGCACAUCCCUCACUAUUGCGGCUCGUGCUGGUCCUUCGCCGCGACAUCAGCUUUGGCAGAUCGCAUUCUCAUAUUCAAGGAGCGCAACCCAGGCAACAAGCCGUCUGUGGAAGUGCAUCGAGGGGUAGUACUGUCUCCUCAAGUGAUCCUUAACUGUGACAAGAAGGACAACGGAUGUCACGGCGGUGACCAAUUGGAAGCAUAUCGCUAUAUCAAAGAACACGGCGUCCCCGAAGAAGGAUGCCAGCGCUACGCAGCCACGGGGCAUGACACCGGCAACACGUGCACCGACAUGGACGUGUGUGAGAACUGCUUGCCGUCCAAGGGCUGUUUCCCUCAAAAGUCAUACGACAAAUAUUAUGUUUCAGAGGUCGGUACUACCUUGGGCGAGCAGCAGAUGAUGGCCGAGAUCUACGCUCGUGGGCCAAUCGCCUGCAGUGUGGCAGUUACCGACGGGUUCCUCAAGUACUCGGGAGGUAUCUUUGACGAUAAAACCAACGCUACAGACGUGGACCACGCCAUCUCGAUCGUUGGGUGGGGCGAGGAGAACGGAGUACCCUUUUGGGUUCUACGCAACAGUUGGGGUAGUUUCUGGGGCGAAAGUGGCUGGAUGCGACUCGUCCGAGGUGUCAACAACGUCGGAGUCGAAGGCGAAUGCGCCUUUGGAGUGCCUCGAGACGACGGAUGGCCCACUCCGACCAAGAUUGAAGAAAAGGAAGAGGAUAAGGUCAAAGAACCUCAAGAAGAGACGUCGGUGGAGUCGACACUGGGUGGCUGUCGUCAGAAGCUCCACUUUGCUGGGGGAGAACGCGUGAUCUCGCCGCUACCUCAUGAGACGAUGGAUGUUACAGACCUGCCUAAGAGCUGGGACUGGCGUGAUGUUAACGGCAAGAACUACGUCACGUGGGACAAGAACCAACACAUCCCCAAGUACUGUGGCAGUUGCUGGGCUCAAGGAACGACCAGUGCACUGUCGGAUCGUAUCUCCAUCCUGAGAAAUGCGUCGUGGCCGGAAAUUGCUCUGUCGCCUCAAGUUCUCAUCAACUGCCAUGCAGGCGGCACCUGUAAUGGUGGCAACCCUGGUCUAGUGUACGAGUACGCACACCGCCAUGGCAUUCCAGACCAAACGUGUCAAGCUUAUCAAGCCAAGAACCUUCAGUGCGACCAAUUUGCUAUCUGCGAGACUUGCUGGCCGUCGAAGGAGUCGUUCACUCCUGGAGUGUGUGAACCCAUCAAGAAGUUCGCUAAGUAUUACGUGUCUGAGUACGGCUCCGUGAGCGGCGCUGAGCGUAUGAAGGCUGAGAUUUACAAACGAGGCCCCAUUGGCUGCGGUGUGCACGCCACAUCCAAGUUCGAGUCGUACACCGGUGGCAUCUACUCGGAACACGUCAUGUUCCCACUGAUUAACCACGAAAUCUCGGUCGCUGGCUGGGGAUACGACGAAGAAACAGACACGGAAUACUGGAUCGGACGUAACUCGUGGGGAACGUACUGGGGAGAGAACGGCUGGUUCCGUAUCCAGAUGCACCACAACAAUCUCGGUAUCGAGCAGGACUGCGACUGGGGCGUGCCACUCCCGGAUGGCUCCAAGCCUAACGACUUUGUCGUUGACUACCAAGGCAACGAGGCCGAGACCAUGGUGGUCUUGCAUUCCAGCGACGAUCAGUGUCACUUGUUCACGGAUGUGUUUGGGCGCUUGCUGCAGCUGUUGCUGGGCUGUAUCGCCAUCUUCCUGCUCUACAUCAAGCGCAAGCUCGAGUUCCCUAUCCGGCCCAUAAAAGUCUGGGCGAUGGACGUGAGUAAACAGUCUCUGGGUGCGUUCUACAUCCACUGCAUCAGUGUCAUCUUGUCGAUUGUUAUGAUUGCUGCAUCGACUGAAAAUUACGAUGAGGUACGCAAAUAA